AUGAGCCCACCGGAAGAAAGCCACCCUCACCUGCCCUCAUCGGUCGCAAGGGCUUUGGUCUGCACAGUGCUCAGUUUGUCGUUUGCUGUCGGAGUCCCUGGGAAUGCCUUUGUCAUCUGGACCAUUUGUGGAAGAAUGAAGCAAAGGCCUCUGACGGUCAUGCUGGUCCUACAUCUGGCCAUCGCUGAUCUCCUGGUCCUCGUCACCUUGCCGAUCUGGAUUUAUUCCUUUGCCGACAAAUGGCUCUUUAGUCUGGUAGCAUGCAAGGCCCUGGUGUUUGUCAUUUAUUUCAGCAUGUACGCAAGCAUCUUCCUGAUCACGGCCCUGAGCAUGGAGCGGUACAUGGCAGUCUUUUACCCCUUUGCCGUUCAACGGUGGAAGCACAAGACGGCCCAUGUGGUGGUGCCCAUCAUCUGGUUCCUCUCCAUUGCCUUUGGAGCGACCAUCCUCCCGUUUCAGGACACCGAAGACACGGAGAUGGGCCUCCAAUGUGCAGUUCGCAGUUAUGAAACGGCGUCUCAGGAGGUGACCUGCCUCCUUCUGGAAAGUGCCGUGGGCUUUAUCAUUCCCUUUGCCGUCAUCUCCAUCUGCUACGCGCUCGUGAGCCGAAGAAUCGGAGCAAUGACGUGUCCGUCCAAGCGCCGCUCGGCACGGCUGAUUGCUUCGGUGGUGAUAGCCUUCUGCCUAUGCUGGCUCCCACAUCAUGUGUUUAACCUGAUCGAUGUCGCUUUGCUUCUGAAAGAAGAUUUGCAAUCUGGAGCACUGGAGAGGAUUUCAGCCAUGGGGACCUACAUUGCAGGGUCCUUAGCCUUCAUUAGCAGCUGCAUAAACCCUCUGCUUUAUGCCUUUGCAGCCAGGAACUUCCAAAGCAGCGUGAGGUUUACAAGGCUGUCCAAACUGUUUGAACAGAUGAGCCCUUUGAUGAGACAGGAGCCCACCGAAGAAUCAACUUGCAGAAAUGGAAAAGAGGACACUUCAGCAACCAUGGAGAUGAUCUAAUGUGAGUCAAAGGAGAAAGUGGGGUUUCUCUCUGCAGCCUUCCACCCAGUGCAGCUACUUACUUUUUAACCUAUAAGAUCUGCUACUCCUGGCUUCUAUUGACUUUUUAAUCGAAUGCAGCCUCUAAACGUAAUCUACAGCUUGGCUA